GGACCAGGAAGUGAAAGUAAGCGCUAUCAGUAUAUUGUUAAUGUUUGUGUGCACAAUGUAUGGACUAACGGAAUGCAAUGGGUUAUGGAGCAGAAUCGACGGGUACCACGUCGUUCGCUAUGAUGUUUGCAGAUGUUGGACCCAGAGUCAGGAGACAGCAGGGAGGAUCAAGAGGGCGUUCGGCCGGCUGCAGCAGUUCCUGCGUGAGGAAGAGGAUACCAGGCUCGCUGCCCUGCGGCGGGAGGAAGCCCAAAAGACCACGUCCCUGAAGGAGAGGAUCCAGCAGCUCACCAGCCAAAUCAACUCCCUUUCGGAGAAAAUGGACGACGCCAAAAGUAGAAUGGCCACAGAGGACAUCUCUUUCCUUCAGACUUACAAAGGCCUGAAGGAAAGUGCCCUGGAGAGACUGAAAGACCCAGAACCUGAGCAGAUGCCUGGGACCUUGAUUAAUGUUGUCCAACACUUGGGCAACCUUCAGUUCAACACAUGGGAGAGGAUGCAGAAAAUGGUUCAGUACACCCCUGUGUGCCUAGAUGAGAACACAGCUCACCCAGACUUGAUAAUCUCGAUGUCUUUACUGGAGGUGGAAGAUGGUCAGACGUCCCAAGCUCUGCCUGAUAACCCUGAGCGCUUCGACAGCAUGCUGGGGGUUCUUGGUUCCCCAGGCUUCCGGUCGGGCACCCAUGCCUGGCAGGUGGAGGUGGGCAGCCUCAGUUCCUGGACCCUGGUGGUGGCACAAGAGGGCGUGGUCAGAAAGGGUGUUGUCACAGUUAAGCCAGAGGCAGGCUUUGGGCAGUGGAGCUGUCCAAUGGAAGUGACUACAGCGCAGGCACCGCUGAAGUGGGCACUCCUCUCUCGCUGAAGAAGCAUCCGAAGAGGGUCCUCAUCACACUGUACUGUGGCACUCAUUGUUUGUCCUUCCACAAAGCAGAGGACAUGUCCCCCAUCCACACCUUUUAAGGACGUGGCUGAAGGGAUGCUCUAUCCUUACUUCUCACCAUGUUUGAACACAGAUGGGGGAAAUGCAGGUGCCCUUAAGAUCUGCCUAGAGACAGUGACUGUGUCCAGAAUCCCAGUCCAGGGAAAGCUUCGUUAACUGGACACAUUUGCACAUUUGCAGGCCCCUUUUUCUGUUGAAAUGCAGAAAUGCAAAUAAUUAUGGUAAAUAAGAGAUAACACUGUUUCUUCAAUAUGACAUUGUUAUUGUGGUUUUCUCUUAAUUGAAUAGUCAUAAAAUUGUCAUAACUGAAAGUGCAAUCUACAGCUUUGAGAAGCCUGUAUCCUGUAUCCACAUGUAUGACAUGUUGUGUCAUGUACAUUUCCUGUGCAUGUACCAUGUUAUUUGGAUGUUUCUUCAUAUUUGUACCUCUCUAUUCCAUAUAUUCAUUUUUCUGUCUUGUGUUUACAUACAAAUAUUAAACUACUGGUGUCGGUA